AGUGCGAUAACGGUCCGGUCACGCGCGCGCCGUUCCAUCUGCGACCAGUCACCGUCAACGACGUCAAGCCGUCCACGGCUUCUGCUCGUUCCGCAGCCAUUCCGGUGUUGAACUUUCGUAUCACCGCUGUAAUAUUAUAUUCUUCCCGAUCGCCGCGGCCACACGAUGAUAACCACUAAGGCCGCUAUCCACAACGCUCUGAAGGUAAAAAGAAUAAAAAAAAUACAGCAGCAGUACUCGUUACACUCGUUAUUAUUAUACACGGUAUUCGGCUAUUAUAACGCGAGUAUUAUUAUUAAGAUUUUUUAUGCACCGUUCUUAUUGUACCGAGUCGUCGACCGCGACAAAAACCUUAAGGGUGCGAGAUUACAACAAUAAUAAAAUAUUUUCUCCAUCGGCGCAUUAUUUACGCGAUUAUACCGGCUGCAGUAUACUAAAGCGUGUGAUCGACGAGGUCAACAGACUCGCGUCGAAUUCACCGGGUAUCGUGGGUUUAUUUCCGUACGUACCACGGGCUCUGGGCCAAAUAUCGUUCAGGUAAACGACGACACGCAUAGCGAUACACCCGUUGUGUCAAAGGGCAGGAGGUUUGUAGAGAAUUGGCUGGUGGAUUAUGAUAAUAUUUUAUUAUGUUAAACAGACAACUUCUCUUUUGAAAAUCAAUAAGUUAAGUAGAGUUAUUAACCUAUAUAUAUGCGUAUAGCCUCGGUACCUAUUAUACAACGCGCAUUCUCUUAUUGUUCUGUAGGAUUGUAAUUUUACCCGGUGUGUAUAUCGUUUCAAAUAAUCGUAUUUGUGUAGUACCUAACGGUUUUUUUUUUUUUUUUAAUUUUAUGUUUACCCUAAUACCCAUGCAUAAAUAUUUUCAGUGAUUAAAAAAAAACUGUACAUUACGGUAUAUACGUAUAUUGUUAUAUGUGUUAAGUGAUUGACCAAAUACGGUGAGACAGACAAAGUAUAAAUCAGACAUAAAUAAUAACUAUGUCUAAUUUAUUUUUAUAAUUCGCAUAAAUAUAAAACGGUGCCAUAAAUAUCUGCACAUAAACAAAAUUUGUUUUUUAAUAAUAUGAAAAAAUGUUAGUAUCUAAAUGAUAAGGUGAAAUAGUAAUUUAUUUUAACUGAUCGUUUAGAUGACUGUUUAAAGUUUAUUUCAUUUGCAUAUAUUUUUUUGUUAAAAAAAUAGUAGGUGUGUUUUUAAAGUGUAUAACUGAGGUCAUCCUUGAGUUUUGUACGUGAAUCAAUACAUUUCUAUAAACUAUAAUUAUAGCCACCUUACCGCGUAUAACUAAGAACUAUGCCAAUGCAAAUUAAUAAACAAACAAUAUAAUAUACUUGUACCUAUAAUCUAUCAACAAUCAAUACAAUUAUAAAACUUUUGUUUAUAAUAAAACAUGAAACGUGUAUUUUAAGGUGCACCGGUACCUCACGAAUCAUUUCGAAAACAUAUAUUAUUUAACUUGUGUGACGUUUUUGGUAUUUUUAUUAAAACACCAUUGGAAUGUUAAAUCAAUUGUUCAUUAUUUUUAUCACUAUUUAAAUUAUAUACCUAUAAGUAAAGAGGAGAAACGCGAAACAGUUUUGUACUUUAGUAUAAUUUAUAGGUGCUUAGGUAAUACUUAUAAUGUGUACUGCAUUGCUCUUCUUCUCCGCCACUUACUUAUUGUUAUAGAUAAUAAACUGCCUAUUGGCCCUUAGUCUAUUAUUCCAUAUUAUUCGGUAAUAAUAUUAUACACGUACCCAAUUAUUUUUUUAAGAAAAAUUUUACGAAUAGGUACUUGAGAAUAUGAGAUUAAAAAAAAUAUAAGUCACAUAUACAUGAUACGAAUACAUAAACACUGACUAUGCUCUAUUAUGAUACAAAUUAACAGGUAUAUAGGUACUUCAAACUUUCAAACAAAAUAUAUUUCUAAACGGCUAAACGAAAUUUUUAAAUUACUAUAGUGGAUCUAUCUGAAAAAACCUAUUCGUUUAAAAUAUAUUUAUUCAGUUUCAAUAAAAUAAUGUUUAAAUUAUAGGUAGGUACCAUAGUUAAGAUAUCAUUGAUCAUAUUUAAUAAUUAUUAAAGUCACUAUAGAUUUUAAUAAAUUCAGGUAUUAUAUUAAAGUGUAAUUCAUAAUUGAUACAUAUAUAUUAUAUUUACAGUAUAAACCGUUUAUAAUGACGUUCAAGGGACUAGUUAAAAUUAAUCAAAAUAACCGAUUGUCAUAAAAAUACAAAAAAAGUUGUUUUAUUACUAUAAAAUUAAAUACAGUUUAAUACAGUCAUUAUGGGAGAACAGAAUUUUCCAAAUUUCCUUACCAAUUAGUACAUACAUUAUAGGAGUUUUGCCGAAAUCUUCAAUCUAAUGUCAUUACACCCAAUAUAUGUCACUGCAACCGGUGUCAUUAUAAACAGUAUAUAUUGUAUAUAUGUUUAAUAUAUAUAUAAUAAUAAAAUCCACGUUAUUUAAUAAAAUACACAUAUGAAUAUGAGUUUUAUUUUAGGCUUUUUAUUAUUUUUUUUUUUUACAGAAAUUAACAUCCACGUCAUGGUCAUGUAGAACUCUUGCAACUGAUGCCACAUUUGAAACAAAAGUUUGUAACUUUGUAUUUUAUUUUUAUUUUUUUCAACAGUAAAACAUUUAGAUAUGCAUAUAUAUAUAUAUAUAUAUAUAUGAUGCUGAAUAAGCGACUUUUUAAUAUUUUAAAAUUGUAAACUUUUCAGAAAUUAUUAUAUAUAAGUAUAGCAGAGAAAGAAACAUUAAGUUCGAUAAUAAUUAUUAAUUACAUGAUUAAAUAAAUAACUUCUGAAACACAUUAUGUAGACAAUACAUUUCUAAUUCAGAACCAACUAUUAAAAUCACUACCCAUACCAAUUAUAAUUCAUAAUUGUGAAUUAAUAUAUAAUUAAAAAAGAGCUGAUAAUGGGGAUGGGUGUGCCACUGCUGUAGGUGUAAGAAGUAAGGAAGGUAAGAUUCAUAAAGUUAUUUAAUUUAUAAACAACAGUUAACUAUUUCUAACGGAAAACGAUUCGGAGCGAAGUUCGGUUGUACAUGUUUUGAAAAGUCGUAAUAUUUACGAUUUUCGUCAAAAUUUGAUAUUAACUCUUGUAAAAAAAAAAAAAAAACUACAUUAAACUUAACUUUUUCUUGUUGACCACUAAGUACAACUUAUAGUGAACUACCUGUUAAUAUUCAAGCAUUUCUGUUUGGUUAAACAAUUUUACUCACAGAGUACCUACCAAAUAAAAAUUACGUAAAAUACUCGAAAAAUUAAAUAUCUAUAAAUAGUUCAAAAAUGGAUUAAAUGCUUUUUUAAAUGUUAGCAUGUCUAGAAAAGACUAUUUUAAGUCUAUGAUUAUUUUUACUUGAAUAACGAAAAAAAAAACAAAAUUGAAAAUAGUUAAAGCAUUAUUUUUGCAAAUUGUAUCGUUCCUUCUACGUUUUUUCUCGGUUCUGCUCAAUUAUUAAAUAAAUACAUCGAAAAUCAAAAAAAAUAAUUCUCACUAACUUAAAAAUCUUACUCACUAACUACAUUAAAAAUUCAAUAAAAAAGGUCUCUUAACAUUUUUUGACUUGCACAAUAUUUCUAACAGAAAACAUAGUUUUUAAGAAAGAUAAGUUUAAGCCGUACGUCUAUAUCGUUGAAUGGAUUCAACAAUGGAUUCAAAUAUUUUAGCAAUAUGAGAUGAUAUGAAAAUCGAAUAGCCAUUAUUGUCAAGGGAUGAGUCAGGAGUCUUGAAAAUAGAAGUGAUUGAACAGAUUUUCCAAACCAUUGGAAAAACACGUUUGUCCAAACAUUUUCUAAACAAGAGAAAUAAAGGGAAGAAUAAAGAGGAAUUUUGAAACAUAAAACAAGUCGAGUGGAAAUAAAGGAGGGAAAUGGGAAAAACAACGUCUACAGGUCAUAUUUUGAAAUAGAAAAGUCAUGACAAUACACAUGUUCCGUAGUACAUAAUUAUGAUACUCCGAAAGAAAACAGUUGGCAACAGAAAAGUAUUGUAUCUAUAGUCCAUUAUCAAUUUUCUGACAACUAUCAAUAUCCGAUUAAUAACAUAACUACACCUGUUAUUGUUUCAAUCAUGAAUGGUUGUUGACUGUGAAGUAUUUUGUACUCAUAUUUUAUGGUUCAGAAUUCGAGGUAUUCAAAUACUUUUGGCCAUAUAUUACUAAGGCAGCCCAAAUUUUACGUAGCCCACUGAGUUCAACUCGGUAACUCGCCUGGCCUAUUCAGAUUAGGUUGAGAGGCUUAGUAACGGGUGCGAAGUAUUUUGAAUAAAGAGAAGCUGACUCUGGGGCGUAAGUAGAAGUAAAAUACCCAUAGUGUACUUCUAAAGGAAUUGAAGAAUGCUUCUUCUAGAUCAAGGAAAUAUUUCUAGAAAUCACGAGGAUAUAGAGAACUCACACUCGGUACUAUUAAUAUGAAUCUAGAAGUUAAGUUAAGAGAGGAGUUUGCAAUUAGAUCAUAAUUCAGAGAAUUUUUUGUAGUUACAUUCUUUUAAAAGUAAGGUGAGCCCGCUUUUUUAAGAAAAUUAAACUCUUAAGAUGACGCUAUACCCGCAUGUGCUGUCUCAGUCCAACUAAUAGACAAUUUAGAAAAAUCGACCUUAAGUGGCCCUCACACGAUCAGUAAUACUGGCAAUACAAUUAUUGACAGUAUUUACAUAACUGACAGUGUAGUUUUCAAACGCUUAGUACUCAGUACUCAAAACUCAAUUUAUUCGACAGCAGUGUCAAUUGUCAAAGAUUGUCAAUUUCUUUUAUCUUUUUCUUUUUUUUUUUGUUAACGCGUCUUUAUUUAUAUUUUAAAAAAAAAUAUUUCAUUAUAAUGGACUAAAAAUGUAAAGCAAACGUAGCAAUUAGUUUGGAAAUUUCUAUUCCAAGUAAACGGUUACAAAUGGGAAUCGAUCGGUAAAACAACGUAAAGAAAUGUAUACACAACUAAUAAUUAGCAUUUAGUUAUAUCUAUAAUAUUUAGUAAUAUAAUUAAUUGGAUUUCCUUUCAAAAAAGGCGCUACACUUAAAAAUCGGAGCAAGAUCUUUGGUAGAAAAGUUGUCCACAGAAAAAGAAAUUUGAAAAAAACAUCUUUGUAAAACCAUACGAUUCUUCGCUCCACACAGAAUCUAAAAUCUAGAAGAUUUCCAGAGAAGGUAGUACUUAAGGAUGGAAUUGGAUUUUAAAAAUUACCUACUGAAUUACCUACUUUGCAUUAUAAUUACAAGUUUUGAUAUUGAGUCUAAAAACAGUGCACAAAUUUGGCCUCAUGAAGGCCUUUUGUCGAUUCUAUAAAUACCUACCGUUGGUCACGGUCAUUCGCAUUUUCGAUUCUUUUUACAUGCAAGUACUCGUAGAUAUAUUUUAGAUCCUUGUUUACCUAUCUAAUUUAUACGCCGCUAGCGGUUCGAACUAUAUUUAAUGACCAUGAAAAAAGGUAUAAGAUAUAUAUUAAGAUGUGAGUUAAGCACUUUUAGGUAGGUUUACCUAUAAUUAAACGAAUACCGGUCUGGCGGUACAACAGAAAAAUUCUCGAUUUCCCUAUACGCUAAUCCGCUUCUGGACUAAUACUUAACGUGUAGUUAUUUGUCUAGUCUUCAAACCUAUAAUUAGUUAGGUACAAGAAAGAAAUAUCAAAUUAUUUAUUCGUUGUAGAUAAUACAAAUUUAAUUAUAGUGGAUACGUUUAUAAAACAUAGCUUAAUUUUUAAAUUUUUGAAUCAAGAAUUAUUAUGAAUAAUAAUAUAAUAUUGUACUAUAAAUUGUGAACGAUAAAACUAUAAUAAACUUUCAAUUUUACAUGUUUAAAAUAUACUCAUAUCAUAUUAAACAUAUAUUUGAUAUAAUAAUUAAAAAAAAAAAACAGCUAAUAAGAUUAUUUACUGUGAAAAGACCAAAUAAUUAGUUUAUUUUUCUAUUUUUUACAUUGACAUUCUUAUUUGUAAUUUCAUCUUAAAUUUUCCCAAAUUCGUAUUUAUUUUAAAAUAAAUUCUAUUAUUAAUAAUUAUAAUUCAAAUUAUAAUAAGUUGUAAUUCACGGUAAAAAAAAGUUUAGGCCAAUGUAGUAAUUUUAUAUAAUAUGUACAUUACCAAUACAUUUAAAGUUCAAAUUUCAAUAUAAAUUUAAAAAAUCACGUCAUUUCGCAUCAGUAUAAUUUCUUUAUUAAUAUGGAUAAAGUUGUUUUGGCCAAAUAAAAAUGUUUCAAAAUUACACACGUGGUUUAUAAUCAUUUUUACCUAAUGGUAAAAAAAAGUGGAGCUUUAUGAAAUACCUAAUUUAUUUGUUAACUGUUUAAGUUCAAAUUUUGACGAGUAUCGUAAAAAUCACAGCAUUUCCAAACAUGUUUAAGUGAACUUUGCUCAAAAUCGUACAUUGUUAGCAUUAAUUUAUUGAUGUGUACAGAUAGAUAAUAAUAAAAUCUUCCUAAAAUAUCACCUACACCAGUGGCAGCAUCAUUUUUUUUCCUUUUUUUGUUUUUACAAAAUUUAAGACAGAACAUAUUAUAUCUGUUUCUAAUAACUUUGUUUUUGUCAUAAGUAUAAUUUGUAAGUAUAGUAUAUAUUGUCCUAGCAUAUAUUAUUGCAUACAGCAUAUUUAAAAAAAUUAACGUCCUACUAAAACUUUUUGGAUUUUUUAUAGCCGUUCAAACUUCAUAAACUAGAAUCUGGACCCAGCACUACAGUAAAUGUAACUAAAACUGACGCCAUAUCUUACUACAAGCAAAUGCAAUACAUCAGACGUAUAGAAACGGCAGCCGGUAAUCUAUACAAGGAGAAAAUCAUCAGAGGAUUCUGUCACUUGUACUCUGGACAGGUUAGAUGAUACAUUAAGAUUGAAAAAUUAGAAGUCUACUCUAUAGGAAUUAUUUUAAUAGCAUACCGACUAUAAUACAUAUAUAUAAAUAUAUUUUGGGGAACAGGAAGCAUGUGCGGUUGGUAUGAAGUCUGCGUUUCGUGAACAAGAUUCUAUAAUAUCAGCUUACCGUGUACAUGGUUGGACUUAUUUGAUGGGCGCCUCACCUUUGGAGGUACUCGCCGAACUCACCGGCCGAGCCAGUGGAAUAGUCCGUGGAAAAGGUGGUUCUAUGCACAUGUACUGUAAAAACUUUUAUGGUGGUAACGGCAUUGUCGGCGCUCAGGUUAAUGACAAUUUUCGUUUAAUAGAUAUACUUACCUAACUAAUAUUACCUAUAUUAAUAUAAUAUACGUGAGUUAACUAUAGGUAAUUUGACACCCUCACUUAAUCGAGUUACCAAAAAUGACCACUGUAAUUAUUUAGUCAAUACUAUUUUGUACAUACAGAUAAUUUUAACAGCUGUUUAUACUGUGCAGUGAAAGUGAAAGGAUUAAAAUCGUUGAUUGAUUCUGAGUGGAGAGAAGAAGCUAAUGGUUAUACAAAGAUGUUUUUUUUUUUUUUUUUUUUUACGAAAAACGUAGGAAAACCGGGAAAAUCGGUACAACAUUAAACAAAUAUUAUUAAAGAAAAUAUAUAAAUAUAUCAUUUUACUAUGAUAUGGCAUAUAUAUUGUUGACAAAGCAUCACUAUCAACUGAACUCCACUCAGUUUUUUCGUAAGCAAUGUUUUAUCGUUGCUUACGGGUAUGUAUUAAAUUACCUAUAACAAUAACUGCACCCGCCCCCAUUAUCCUAGAGCGUCUUUUUUUAUAGUAUAACCACGUUAAUUAUUUAUUUUAUUUAGGUUCCUUUAGGAGCUGGUGUUGCGUUAGCUGCCAAAUACUUAGGUACGGGAGGAGUUUGCUUUGCUUUAUAUGGAGAUGGAGCAUCGAAUCAAGGACAGGUGUUCGAAGCAUACAACAUGGCAAAAUUAUGGAAUCUUCCAUGCGUAUUUGUGUGUGAGAACAAUGGUUAUGCGAUGGGAACAAGUUCAGAACGGUCCGCGUCGAAUACAGCUUACUACACAAGAGGCGAUUACAUACCCGGAAUUUGGGUAAAAAUAGUGUGACCGACCCUAUUGCUCGCCGAAUUGUUAAAGUUUAGUUAUUUAUAUUUCCUUCCAUGUUCAUAAUGAUUAAAAAGUCAGACAUUUUACAUGUCCAGUGAAUUUUUUAAAACUUUAGCCAUACUAUAUUAAGAAUUUUGAAAAUACACUUUCAAUAUAGAGUUAAAAAGAAUUAAAACUAUCAACUAUGAAUACAAUAACAAAAAAAACUAAAAAUUUAAUAAACUAAUUCAAAAUAUUUCUAAAAAAAAAAGGAGCUGAUAUCGCUGAUAGACGCUCCUCUGUUGUAUGUGUGAAGUUAGAAAGGUAGGAUACAUAAAGUUAUUUAAUUUAUAUUUGUAAGAAACGAUAAACCAUUACUAACGAAAAAUGACUCUGGACGAAGUUCGUUAGCAUAUGAUUUGUAAGGUCAUAAUAAAAAAAUUACUACGCUACAAUUUAUGUUUUUUUCGGUUUUUCCUAAUUAUUAAAAAGCCCCUAAAUUAAUCAGGAAAUGACAUCUUUAAUGAUACAACAAGAUCAAAUUUUCUCUCAGAAAAGGUGCUACACUCAGGACCGUUCCUAGGAGGGGUGCGAGAGGUGUCUAUGUACUGUAGGGGCGCCAUUUGAACACUUUUAAAUUCUGAAAUUGAAUAUGUCUAUAAUAAGCGUAUGAGUGAACGACUAACGGACAGGAUGGGCCUUUUGUUGUUCAUCGUUAAAUUUUUCUGCGACCGAGUACCGAUUUUGUUAGACACGGCGCUGGCUACAUUUUGUGUAUUGGAGCAGUUUUCUUUUCAAAAAGUUCUUUAUAGGCAGAAAAAAACACAGAUAUAUCAUAGUAAAACCAAUAAAUCCUUCGCUCCGCUCCCAAAUCUAAAAUUAGCAAUGAAAAUACGCACCUACCCUAUUAUGAGUAAUUCACAAUAUUUUGAUUUUUUUCUUUAAGAUCAUUUGAUAACCACCUUAUAAUUAAUAAUUAUUAUAAUAAUGUAAUGUUAAAAUGUAGGUAGAUGGUAUGGACGUGUUGGCAGUUAAUGCAGCGUCUAAGUUUGCAGUGGAUUAUUGUACUAAUGGAAAUGGACCGAUCGUUUUAGAAACAGUCACUUACAGAUAUUCCGGUCAUUCAAUGUCUGAUCCUGGUACGUCCUAUAGAACUCGAGCUGAAAUUCAAGCUGUACGGAUGACUAGAGACCCAAUUACAUCAUUUAAAGAAAAAAUACUUUCUACGAACUUGGCAACCGUAGACGAUCUCAAAGUGAGUUGAAAUAUUUUAUAAGAAUAAAUAUAAAUUAUUAUUUUUCUUUAUAUAUUUAUCAUAUUUUUUCAGAAAAUUGAUAGUGAAAUUAAAUCAGAAAUCGACCAAGCAGUUUCAAAAGCAAAAGAAGAUGUAGAAAUUUCUGUGGAAGAAUUGGGUGGUGACAUCUAUUCGAAACCAAUCGAAAGUGAACACCGAGGGGUUACACCCUGGCAAAAGGUUAAACAUUUGAGAGUAGGAUCUCCGUUUAAAUAGUAGGAUAAUAAUACUACAAUAUUAAGGCUGGAUAAAAACUAAAAAGUAAUCCAAGUUUUCUUAUUUGUUACGGAAUCGGGUACUAGACAGGGUAACAUUUGGAUGAUGAAUUUAAAACACAAUAUAUUACAUUGUACUUAAUAUUUUUGUUAACUAUUUGUUUAAUAAAUUGUUUUUAAUUUAUUUUAAGACACAGUAUAGGUAUAUUAUUUUAUAUUCUGUUUUAUCGUUUAUAAAUUACCUACUUAAUAAAAUGUGAAACAUUAAUAUAAAUACAUUACAUUUAUGAUAAAACAAAAAGCUCGAUUGAUUUGAUACAAAACAAAAUAUGUUUAAAGCCAUUAAAGUUUUAGUAAGGAGCGAAAAAAAAGUCUAUUCACAUGAAACAUUUUUUUUUUUAUAAUAUACAUAUAUAUAUAAAACGCAAUUGUUCAUUUUACACAAGGUACAUUAAUUAUAUAUUUAUUAAAAUUGAUACAAUUUUUGAAUUCAUAUGACAAUAAUAACACAUAGGUAGGAAAUGUAUUAUUCUAUAUAAUAGAUAUUUAACUGUAUGGGCUUAUGGUUGAAGUUCAUAUAUUUAUAUCCAUUAUAUAAUUAUAAUCUCCUAAUGUUUUAGUAAGACCCUGAUUUUAUUUAAUUAGGC